AUUAUUAAUUCCUGCACCCUCCGGAAGAUUCACUUAUUUUCUGUAACGCUUUGAAUGGAUUUCAAAAAAUGUUAUCAAAGUGGAAGGAUAUUAGCGUAUCAAAGCCAGAGCUGGAGUGCAGUGAUUUAUUAUUUGUCGUACUAAAGAUAAAAGGCGGUGUAUGCACGGUCGUUGAUGACGUGUACAAACAAACACUUUUGGGCUGAAGUACAAAUUGAACAACUCUUACAAACAACGUAUAUAACCAAAAAGCACCAUUCCACAGAUUUUGAGGUGCAUCGCAAUUGGUUGGCAAUCACACAUUCUUUACCCAUCAACAAAUGGUAUGUUGAUGAAACUAGUCAAUGGACCCUGGACUAUCCACCAUUCUUUGCAUACUUUGAGCGUAUGCUGGCGUAUGUUGCCUACUAUGUCGACAAAGAAAUGCUAAAUCUUCACAAACUCAAUUAUAACACGAUAGCCACGAUUUACUUUCAACGAUGUUCGGUGAUAUUGAUGGAUUUCCUUUACGCAAUUGGCGUUUAUCGUUGUCUACGUGUUUCGAAUGUACCGCUAAAAUCACAACAGUAUCUCGCGACGGCAUCGUUGCUUUUAUUUAAUGUGGGAUUGUUAUUUAUCGAUCAUAUACAUUUUCAAUAUAAUGGCUUUCUAUUCGGUAUACUCUUGCUGAGCAUAAGUUAUAUGUUGGAGGAACGUUAUGUGCUCUCAGCAUUCAUUUUUGCAAUUUUAUUAAAUUUUAAACAUAUAUUCUUAUAUAUCGCACCAGCUUACGCUAUUUACCUGCUGAAAUUUUAUUGCCUGGCAAAGGGGCGGAAUAAAUUUAUUUGUAUCACCAAAUUAUUAGUUUUUGGGUUAAUACCUUUUGUCAUAUCCUUCGCGCCAUUUCACAAUCAAAUGGAACAGGUGUUAAAACGUCUCUUUCCUUUCAAGCGUGGCUUGACUCAUGCUUAUUGGGCGCCUAACUUCUGGGCGUUAUAUAAUGUUGGCGACAAAGUUGCGGCAAAACUUUUGGGCAUAACAACAAAAACCGGCCCAACAACCAGCUCGGGACUUGUGAAAGAGUUCGCGCCGUUAGUUUUACCGAAUAUAACACCGCGCACAACAUUUGUGCUAACCCUGCUCUCUAUGUUGCCGAUAAUGAUAAAACUUUUAGCGUAUACGCCGUUAAGAGAUGCGAAAGCUACCUUUUUGCGCGCUAUUGUCAUCUGUUCCUGCUCUGCUUUCAUGUUUGGUUGGCAUGUACAUGAAAAGGCUAUACUUAUGAGCCUCAUACCAUUAUGUUUGCUGUUUCAUCUUUAUCCCACAGACGCCAAGCAUGCGUUCUUGCUCAGUGUAGUUGGAUAUUUUUCGCUUUUCCCAUUACUUUUCGAAACUUCGCUGCUAGUGCUGCGCUAUGCGCUCUAUCUGUUUUACAUGUUUCUCAUGUAUGGACAAAUGGUGCGUUUAUACACACCAUUACGGGAUUACAAGACGAAUCUUAUUGAAAACUGUUAUAUAUACGGUUUCGUUUUACUGCCCAUAUACGAGCAUAUUCUCAGUGUCAAUUUGAAUUUACACCUUUCACUGCCAUUCCUGCCACUGCUGCUGACGUCAGUAUACUGCGCUUUAGGUGUGACAUACUUUUUCAUUUCGUAUUAUUUAUAUACACUUGGUAUUAAACCUGUUGCCUUAUUUAAGUCAUUUACUAAAAUUGAAACUACAAGUAAGACGAAAACUAAAUCUAAAACACGAACACAACAAAUAAAUGGCGAUAAAGUUAAGUUGAAAUAAAAGUAA